UAUCUAUGAAGCGCCUUGAGGCAACUUUUGUUGUGAUUUGGCGCUAUAUAAAUAAAAUUGAAUUGAAUUGAAUUGAAUUGAAUUGAAAAGCAGUUUCACCAACAGGUUCCUUCAACAGAAUUCAGCAUUAAUGAAUCAUUGGUAAAGAAGUGGAAGAAGAGCAGUUUUUGGCUUGCACCACAUUCCAAGCGUGCUUCGUCUCUUUGCCAUUACUGUCACCCGGCAGAAUUUGCAGAUGAUAUUGCUUGCAGCCGCUGCAAUGCUUUCGACCAAAACAGGCGCAGCUUGAUGACACACAUGUGCUAUUGCGGUAGAGCGGUAUAGUUAAAAUUCCUACUGUUGGCCAGAUUUAUAUAGUUUCUACCGUAUACCAUUUAAACCGCCCACCCCUAUUUAUACCUAUAUGUAGCACUUAUGUGGGUUUAUAUACAGUACCAAUGGAUAAUAACCAAGGUGAUUAGUAAUAUCGGCUAGUAUCAGAAGAGUAAGAAUGACUCUUAGAGCUCUGGUACAGAGAAAUGAAUGACAGAGAAACCAGACAAAGCACAGUUGUGUGGCUUAAAGGAAAUUUUAGUGAUUUAAGCCUUUUUUUAAAAAGAUAUUUUUUUAAACAACACAGAAUUACAACACAUUUUAACAAAGAUUUGAAGUAUAUAAAAUUUCCCCCAAAGUAGCAAAAAAAUAAAUUAAAUUAAAUUAAAUUGUGCACAAGUAAAGAAUGAGUUUUUUAGGUCCAAAUGGUACCAGUGGGGCCCAUGACAAAUGGAUGUAUUGCAACAAAGUUCUGUCCAAUGAGAAGUGUGUGCGUGUGUUUGUCUGUCCUACCGCAUUACUUGUAUAGUGCAGGAUUGCAGUCCAUCAAUGUGCAAAAGAGUGUGCGCACAUAUGUGUAUUGUCCACUAGAAUCUCAGGUUGGCUCCAAUGAACACUGGAAUACUCCGGGAUUUGGAAUCGCUGAACUGGUCCUUGGAUUCGUCCCAAAUAAAUAAGUAUAUCACUCCUUUCAAGAAAUGGAAUAAUAUGCAAAAAAUUAUCAGAAACUGAACAAAGUGCAUAUAAUCAAUUUCAAUAACAUGUAAACAGGUGACUUCAGUCUACGAAUAGGAAUAUUAACAUAGAUGUGCUUCACGUACCAUAGGCCUAAUAGUACAAGUGGAAAUACACUAAAAAUUACCUCCACAUAUCCAUUACUGAGCAUAGUAAAAUAACCGAUUGACAUCAAAACAGUAUAAGGAAGGUGUCGCUCUGUCCUCUAUGACAGCAAACACAAAACUGUACUUCAUGAACAAUAUCAGUUUAAAUGGUUUUUAACUUGUUAGAGGUUAAUUUCUCCAGCUUACCGAUAAAAAAGUUUUAGCCCACCUGCUCUGAUCGGCUGUAGAAGCAAGACACUAAAACUUGGGAGCUGGUACUAAAGAGGGACAAGAGCUACCUAGAGCUUUACCGAUUGGCUUACACGAGAGGAGUGGAAUAAAACAAUAGGCUCUCAUCAGAGCUCAUCAACACUUGGAAAAAAAAAACCUCUUGUUUAACCAAAACACAUAUAUAAAUCUGCGUCCCUUUUAGGUUUACAUAAAUAUAUUGAUUUUGUUUCACUGUCAUUAAAGAAGGACUAUAAGAGCAGAAAUAAUGAACAUGAAAUUAGAUGAUUUUAGAAACUGGGUUACACCUAUUUCUAUAUUUAUCUAUCAAUAUCUCUGUUUCUACACUAAUUUUAUAUGAGUGCUUGUUGGUUAUUGUAUAUUUGCUACUAUGACAACUCAGUUUACCUCUGGGAUUAAUAGUUUUUCAGAUUCUGAUUCUGAGUUAUAAUUUUACUGAAUUUACAUUUGCCCUUAGCCAGCAGUUUUACAUUUCCCUCAAUGUCGCCUGCUUUUGCCCCUGGAAGACAAUUGACUAUGAUUGCCGGUGUCUGUAGCUUCACAUGUCUGAGAACAGAAUCAUCAAUUACCAGAGUUUGACCCCCGGCGGGUGUGUCGCCGAGUGGGGAAAAAUGGUUAGACACAUGAACAGGUUGGUGGUGUACCUGGACCUUUUGUUUAAGACAAUGCUUCCUCCUCACCGUCACCCAGCCGCCCUCUUUCCCCAGCUGCUUGGGAUCUGCCGGGGAACAGCUAGCGGGGCCUACGCUAUCUUUGGCUGCCCCAGCUACGGGGGCCUGGCUAGCUACGGGUGAAUGAAGGGUGCGAAGCUGAGUCUCCAAUUCAGUAAUCCUGGCCUCCAGAGCUGCAAAUAUGCUGCAUUUGUUACAAGUAUCAUUACUGCUAAAGGACGCAGAAGAGUAACUAAACAUCUGACACAAUGAGCAGGAAAGUGCAGGAGGGACACGUGAGGAGGCCAUGCUGCUAGCGAGUGCGUUAUAAGCUAAGCUAAGCUAGCAAAACAGUAAAGACACAGUGAGUGAAUACUUUGGCUAUAAAUUAGGUAGUGAGUACACAGAGACUGUGCUUUGGAUGAAGUAAGUGAAGAUUAUGCUGUGAAAUAAAAUGUUAUCUGUAAGUGUUUAAUUAAAUUGGCAGCACAGGUGAGCUACACAAAUGGAACAGGAAGUGAUACUCUACCACAGAGAGAACCAACACCAAGUGACAGCACCACAUACUGUCUAACUGUGUGUCUGUGACACUCUGACUGUCUGUCUGUCUCUUGUUUGUUUGUAUGUCUGACAAACUCUUCCUGACUGUUUUUUUUGUCUGUCUGUCUGAAUGUAUCUGUUUGUCUGUAGGUCUGUCUCUCUGUCUUUCUGUUGGUUGGGCUAUCUACCCGUCUGUCUGACUGUCUGACUGACUGACUCUGUCUUUCUGCAGCGAGAAGUGAUGCAGUUCAGUCUCUGAUGUCAGAGUUGAAGGUUUUGGUUCAUCUCGGUCCUCACCUGAAUGUUGUCAACCUGCUGGGAGCCUGCACGAGAGGAGGUCCCGUCUAUCUGAUCACUGAGUUCUGUUGUCAUGGAGAUCUGGUGAACUACCUGCAGAGGAACAAACAUACCUUUCUACAUGGAGACACACAGACCAAGAGUGACAAUGAUGGAGGUUACAUAGACAUGAACAAAGAGGAGAGCGCUCAGUACGUUGCCAUGAAGGAGCUCAGCUACGCCGACAUCGAACCCGCCGUAUACGAGACACCGUACACGCCUGCAGACCAGCAGGAGGCAUCAUCGCUGCUCCUCAGUGACAGUCCUCUCCUCAGCCUCAAUGAUCUCAUCAGCUUCUCUUACCAGAUUGUUCAGGCUAUGGACUUCCUAUCAUCUAGAAAG